CGCUCUAGCGCGCGGUCUGUCAAGUCACGGCGCAACUUUACUCAAUCACGGGAUUUUACAUCACUUUUCUGGAGUACAAAAACUUACUUUUCCUGAGUGAAACGUUGCUGGACCGGCCUCUGAUGAGAUGGAGGUUUAGGAGGGGUGAUUGUCGAAGUAAAGAGUAAGAUUCGGGUCAUAUUUAGUGUUUGAUGGCUGCUGGGGAUGGAGCCCAGCUGCCGGCGACCGUAGCGGCCAGCAGGAGCGUGGAGAAGGCGCUGGAAGAGGCUGCGUCCAGCGGAGCGCUCAUCCUCUCCAACCGCAAACUCAAAGAGUUCCCCCGCACCGCCAGGAACUAUGACCUGUCCGACAUAACGCACGCAGACCUGUCAAAGAACCGGCUGUGUGAGGUGCCAGAGGAGGUGUGUCAGUUUGUCUCUCUGGAGACUCUCAGCCUGUACCACAACUGUGUGCGAUCCCUCACGCUCAGCCUGUGCCAGCUGCAAGCCCUCACCUACCUCAACCUCAGUCGUAACCAGCUGUCCAGUUUACCGCCAUCAGUAUGUCAGCUCCCUCUCCUGCGGGUGCUCAUCGUCAGCAACAACAAGUUAUCAGCGCUACCGGCCUCUAUACACACACUCACACACCUGCGACAACUGGAUGUGAGCUGUAAUGAGCUGCCGUCACUUCCUGUUGAGCUUGGCCAGUUAGAAGGUUUAAGGGACUUAAAUCUGAGAAGAAACCAGCUCACAACUUUACCAGAAGAGUUGUCAGAGUUGCCCCUCGUCCGUUUGGAUGUGUCAUGCAACCGCAUAUCCCACGUGCCUGUGUGCUACCGCCAUCUGCGGCACCUCCAAAGCAUCAUCCUGGACAAUAACCCCCUGCAGAUGCCCCCCGCCCAGAUCUGCUCCAAAGGGAAGUUCCACAUCUUUAAAUACCUGAACAUGGAGGCCUGCAAAAGAUCUCAGGACCAGUAUGAGAAAGCUCUGCGGCCCACCGGCUUCAGCAGCUGCCUGGACCAGGAUCUGUUCCCUGGUCAGUAUGGUGGCCUGGACUCUGGCUUUAACAGUGUAGACAGCGGCAGCAAGAGAUGGUCAGGAAAUGAGUCUGCUGAUGAUUUCUCUGAACGCUCCCUGCGAUUGACAGACGUUUCCCGUGAACAUACACAUUUUCAGGAGGAAGAGGAAAGAGAGACAUUGCUAGAUACACCAAAAGUGAAUGGAGAAGUGGAGCAAGUGGACUUCAUAGACAACAGUGUAAUGGAGGAAGAGGAAGAGAGGUGUCGUCCUGCGCUUACUGAGCCCCCUCAGGAAAAGAGUGAAAGUUUGGUCAGCACACCAUCCCAGAGCCCCGAAUCUACAGGCAGCAGGAUAUUUGUGAUCGGAGAUGGUUCAGACUGCGGCUCGCCAUCUAGUCCUACUUUAGAGGAGAAAAGGAGACCUGGAAACCUGCUUAUCUGGCAGGAGAGAGAGCGAGCCCAGCAGCAGAGAGACAGAGUCAGCACUUUGCAGAAGAUGACUGUAAAAACAGGAAGUAGCUCCGCGGCGGUGACGACGACGACAAAGCACGGAGGAACAGGAAAUGUUUCGGGUGGUGAUUCAGAUACCAGUUCUCCACCCAAUGGCCUGAAACAGAGAUGUGCAAGUGCGGAUCAGGUUUCUCCAUCCUCUCAUACGGUGUCUUUGCAGCGCUCCAUCAGUCGCACAGAUGCGUCCGCUGUGAAGCCGUGCUCUCCGACAGGUUCUGCUCCCAAACCCAACAGCUUCUUAUUCCGCACAUCUUCACGCUGCAAUGUCAAAACUGGAUCAGGGAACAGUUUGGCAGAGUCUGGCCGCAGUGAAUCGCGCUCCACACUCAGAUCCCCUCGAGAAGAGAGAACCGACAUCCUGCAACUGCGAAAAACUUUGGAAUCUCGUCUGAAGAUCAGUCUUCCUGAGGAUCUUGGAGAGGCAUUGUCCAAUGGCACAGUUCUCUGCCAGCUGGCCAAUCACGUGCGACCUCGUUCUGUGUCAAUCAUCCACAUCCCCUCACCGGCAGUGCCAAAGCUGAGUGCUGCCAAGUGCCGCCUCAAUGUGGAAAACUUCAUUGCUGCAUGUCGCAGACUGGGAGUCCCUGAGGACACACUGUGUCCUGCGCAGCUGAUUCUGGAGGAAGAGGGGCUCACACGUGUGUCUCAGACGGUUCAGGCGCUGUUGGAGGUGCCGUCAGGAUCCCGGCGCUCAUCCCGUCAGGAGUCACUCCAAAGCAUGACUCAAAAUCAAGAAGCCAGCUCAUAGUAUUAUCAAGUGAUUAUUUACAUCACACAUUAUUGUUCAAAAAUAUCAUAUUACAUCAAAUGAUCUCAGUCUUAAAGUAAUAGUUUACCUGAAAAUGAUCAUCAUUUACUUAUUACAAACCUGAUUCACUUUAUUUUGUUCUGCUAAGCAGUGAAGACAAAAAAAACAUUUAUUCAUUGCAGAGUAUGGAAGAAUAAAACGGAGUACAGUACUACAUUAUAUGAUCCAGAAACCAUGACAUGUUUUUGUUCAUUAGCUUAUUUAAAAUAAGUUAACCAUGUUUUAACUUCAUUUUUACAUUUACAGCUCCUUAAAAAAUGCUGGGUUCCACACAAUCCCUUCUUGUUGUCCCAACACAAACUUAAUCCUUUUUACAAAUGUAAGUGGAUUGCACAUAUUCCAAAAACCUUAAUAAUUGAUAAAUAAAGUAAAUAAACAACACAAUGGGACAACUUAAGUGUUUUAUGUUCAAUCCACUUAAAUUAGUUAAGUUAACUUAAAGGUGCAGUAUGUAAGUUUGACACCCAGUGGUUUAACUAGGUCUUGCAUUCCUGGAUCAAAACACACAGAUUGCAGGCGCAGGUUGCCAGACUAUCGAGACUAAAAACUGAUUUAAGGCUGAUUUAAGUUGUGUUCUAAAUAUUAGCAACGGUAAACGAUAUAGAGAAUAUUUUAAUGUUCAAAGGAGUUUUUGUCCUAACCAAUGCCUGGAAAAUAUAUUUUGCAAAACAGCUAUUUUUUGCAGCUGAACUGAAAACUUGUUGACAAUAAUCAGCUCCGAUACACCUCAUGUGCUUUAUUCAGUGUUUAAGGCUAAUAAUGUGAGUUUGAAGGCCAUUUUACAUGACAUUUAUUGCCAUACUAUUGAAAGCAGUUCACCUCAGAUCUGGACCAUCUAAAAUUGAAACCAUCUGAAAUUGAACAUUAGAACUGUGACUCAGUGCAAACCAACACAUAUUAGUGAUUCAGCAUCUACAUUUAAUAAUGUUAAAGAGCUUUAAUAUGUAUUGAUGAGAUUAUAAACCUUACCAUUUCGCUAGAGUGCAGUGAGUGCACAAUUCUGUGCUUCUGAAUGGCUGUAUUUACAUUUCUGUCGUGUUUCAUCUGGUGCAAACAGCCACAUUGAUUAUCACUCCAAAUCUUGUCACGAAGCAGGUUGUUAGGACAAGUGGUUACAAUGUAACCUGCUCACCUAAUGUUUACGGUCGUAAUAUUUAUAUUAUUUGGCAAGUAAUAACCUUAUGUGGAACUCUGAAUCUGUGUCUCAUUUCGCAGUCUGCUACUGUCCACCGGAGGUCGCAUUUUAGUCAUGGACACAUGCUUUGAGAGCCUAUCUGACUGAAUGCAUGAAAUACGCUGUUUUCCUCCAAGGCAACCCGGGGUGCUGAAAUAUAGUUGGCUAAACGGGCAUUGGGUGGGUUAAAGAGACCAAAAUAAAGACAGCUGUUCUGGCACGUAACGCACAUUUUCAAAGCAGAAUAUCUGACUUCAACAUUGUUUUUCAGAAUAAACAAGAAUUGUCACUUAGCAUGUUUCUGAAAUAUCUGCAAACAUAUUAUUGUAUUUUUGUGCGUUAGAAGAGUCAAGAACUUACAUACAGCAUCUUCAAUAAAUUAAUAACCUUGCAAAACCUAGUUAAACCACUGGGUGUCAAACUUAUAUACUCUAACUUUAAGUUAACUUAAAUAAUUAAAGUGGAUUGAACAUAAAACACUUAAGUUGUCCCAUUGUGUUGUUUAUUUAUCAAUUAUUAAGGUUUUUGGAAUAUGUGCAAUCCACUUACAUUUGUAAAAAGGAUUAAGUUUGUGUUGGGACAACAUGAAGGAAUUGUGUGGAACCCAGCAUUUUUUACAGUGUAUUGUCAACACAGCACAACUGGGAUUACAAAAUAUCAAAACAAUGCCAUAUUGUAUGGCUUUUGUUUGUAAUUUUCAGAUAAACGACACCAAAAAGUAAAGCAACGCAUGUCUUUACUGUUUACCUAAAGCGAUAGAGAAAAGAAUGAGAAAUGACUUACUGCAAGAGCGCACUGGUGGAGACAGAUAAGUGUACAUUUAAACCAUCAGUGUUUCAAUAGACUGUAUAAAAAUAGGUUUCUACACAAAGGACUACAUAUUAACGAUCUAAGUGAAUGGUCUAAACCACGCAAGCACUUAGCAAAAGUGGUGUCAGACACAACCUAUCUUAAAGAUGGAAGAAAAUGGUCUGUAUACCUGGCGCAUGGUCUAAAAGUGUUGUCCUUAUUCUCCCUAUGAGUUAUGGCUGUGUUUUCAGCAUAACCGGCAUUAAACCAAUCUGAAUAUUAUCCCGCAUUCCCUUAAAGAGCGAAUUGCAGUGGCGUCAUUGUGCAUUUGCUAUUUACCUGGCAGAUUUUGAAAGCAGAAAAUCAGAAUGCUUUUAACUAACUACCCAAGGUAUAGUUUUUUUUAUAUGUAGACAAUAAUAACCUUUUAUAUUUUAAUACUUUUCUUUCAUUCAUUCAUUUUCCUUUCAGCUUAUUCCCUUUAUUAAUCUGGGUAAAUUUACCUUUAUAAAUCGUAAACUUAUCCAGCAUAUGAUUUAUGCAGCGAAUGUCUUUCCAGCUGCAACCCAUCACUGGGAAACAUCCACACACACUCAUUCACACACAUAAACUACGGUCAAUUUAGCCUACCCAAAUCACAUAUACCAUGUCUUUGGACUUGUGGGGGAAACCUGGAGCAAACCCACGCCAACACAGAAAAACAUGCAAACUCAGAAACCCCAAUUAACGCAGCUGAGGCUCGAACCAGCGACCUUCUUGCGGUGAGGCGAUUGUUCUACCCACUGCACCACCAUGCAGCCUAUUUUAAUACUUUAAUUUUUGAUAUUUAAAGAUGUUUGAGUGUCCCUGUGUGUGUAAUAAGCAACACGUAGGCAUGUUGUGGAGGUACCUACACUGGAGAAAAAAAAAAGAUUUCUGCAAAAUUUUUGCAAACAAUUUAUUUGGGUUGAAUUUAAACACAAAUUAAAUGUAGUAAUGUUCAACUUAAUUUGUUUGUUUAAAUUCAACCCAAAUAAAUUGUUUACAACCACUUAAUGUAAAAAAAAAAUAAAUAAAAUUAGUAAAUCCAAGUAAUCAUAUUUCAACCAUUUUCUUAAGUGAACAGGUGCAUAUCACUUCACACUCUCUUUAAAUAACAACGAAAACCUGUGGUAUUGACCUUAGACCAGCUUUUAGUUGUUCAGUGGCAUGAUCUAUUUCAGCUGCCUCAAAACAACAAUGUGCCAACAAAUGUGCCUUAAGCCCUUAAUGCACCUCCUUCUCAGAACAGAAUGCCCAUGGGCGCACAAAUGGGUGCAAAUGCUUUUGCUAUUUGAACAGAAUAGGCACAGAACGAGAAACUUACACCUGUGGCUGGAUGAAAAUAUAUAUAAAAAUGUCUGUAUUGCGCUAGGUGUAUGAAAGGGUGCAAGGACUCUAAAUGCUCUCUGAUAUUGAAUGCAAUUCACACUGAGAAUUGACAGGAGUUGAACAUUCAGUUUCUUGUCAGUCACUGAAACAGAACGUUCAAGCUUAUUCGUGGAGAGAUUAUUCGUGGUGACUGGUUAGUUUCACUUUGGUCAAUAAGUGUCCAGUUUUCAAUACAUGAUUGAUGCAGCCAUGAAGACAGAUGUUGACAAGUGUCAGCAUGUUUAUUGUCUAGCACAGGGGUGCCCAGGCUUGGUAUCCUGCAUAGUUUAGCUCCAACUUCUUUCAUCACACUUGCCUGGAAGUUUCUAGUAUACCUAGAAAUAGAUUGAUUAGCUGGCUCAAGUGUGUCUAAUCGGGGUUGGAACUAAACCAUUGCUGCAACUCAAUUCGUCUACGUAUACUACGUUCUAAAAGUACGUACCUUUUGUGAAUUAAAAAUAUAUACAUUUGAGUGUGUAACAGAAGAGUAUGCAAGCUUUGCAACAUACUACUUCCUCGUUAACAGAUCGUUAUGUUGCUUAGUUAUGAGCCCUGUCAAUUCUUCACAUUUCUGUCAUAUUUAAUUUCCUACCUUAUUGGAGAUUCAGCUGUGUUUUAAUCUGCCAUUUAUGAGUCUUUCAUGCAGAGAAAUCUCCUCAGCUCUUUGGAUACCUCUGCAUUCAAAUGUUAAUGACCAAACACCUCUUUAUAUAAGUUCAGUAUUCUUGUUGCAGAUGAAAUAUAACACAGAAAAUGCGAUAGAAGCAUGUUCCAGUGGGCUAGAUGUUAAUUAACAGUCAUACAAACAUCUUUACCAAAGCCUCUCUACUUGAUGCUUGGUCUCGAGCGUGUGCCAUGUUUGUAGUUUAUUUAUACUUUUCACCCGUGUUUGUAGUUCUAAUCAAAUUUAUGUCCAACGCGCAAUGUAUUGUGGGCAAUAUCAGCGGUUAGAGUAUGGAUACUUCUAAACAUCGACUGUUUCUCAAUAUUUGUUCUUCAGCGAUCGUGCAUCCUCGUGUUCUCAUGUAAGGUCAUAAUCAACUGCCAAAGUUCAGUUACAAAACUCAAGACCGCAAGAACGGAGGACGCAUAAAAGUUCCCGGAUGUGUUCUUGAUAUCAAGGAUGCACCUUGCAGACUUGAGCACUAAACUUGCUUUCGAAGUCCAAGAAAGUCAUUAAAAUCUGUAUAUAAAAUCUGCACAGUAUAUUUGCAAGGUUUUUGUGCAUGUUAUGUAUAUUGAAAAGGGGAAAAAAAACAGUAAAUUAUUGUAUGAAUGCUGUAAUGUUUAAAUCAUUUUCUGUUAAAAAUGCUUGAAGGUCAUGUGACCAUCAGGAAGAAUGCAGCAUCUCAUUUCUCACAGGACACGUUCUCUGUUUUCAUGGUCUCCUAAGUUCAUUCUUCCGAGGUGACCUGGCAAGAUUGGUCUUCACAAGAACACAAGUGUGUUCCCUGCAUUCUUGGAAUUGAGAAACAGCCUUCGAGCUAUCCCGGAAAUAGUAAACCAUCCUGGAAACUUCGGCAUAAACAUACUAUGAUUUGGGACAUAAUCAAAUGAAAAAAUGACUGAAAAUUUAAACCGAGGGUCACAAUGUGGCAUCGUAUCAGUAUUUUACUUUCAGAGUUGUUAAAACAGUAGCAGUCAGUAGCCCACCCAGUGGAUCUAUUUGUAGUCACGCACUGCUCACCUAUAAUAAUGGCAACCCCAUAGUUCACAAUAAAUGUUGUAUCUAUUUUGUUUUUUAAUUGCGUAAAUCUUUGAUUGGGUUUCAACUUCUCAACAAUCAUAACAUAAUGUUAAAACAGCUAUCGUAACAUUAUUUAUCAAUAUGUGGCUCUUUUUGGAUUUCAGAAGCUAUAGAAAUUAAAAAUAUAAAUCAGGAAAUACAUUAGGACCAUUGCUUUUGUUUACAUCCCUCAAAAUGGUCUAUAUGUAGUUCAACAAGUCUUGAUAUAUUUAAGGUGAUGUUUAAAUAACUUGUAUGUAACUUGUAAACUUUUUUAUACAAAUGUAGACCAUAAACAGCCUUUAACAUUAUAACAUUACUACAAAUUUGAUGGUAGUGAAGACCGGCAUUCCUUUGACUAAAAAUGAAAACCAAGAGGGUCACAAUGUGGCAUCGUAUCAGUAUUUUACUUUCAGAGUUGUUAAAACAGCAGCAGGCAGUGGCUCACCCUGUGGAUAUAUUUGACGUCACACACUGCCCACCUACAAUAAUGACAACCCCCAUAGUUUACAAUAAAUUUCAUUAAGAGACAUCAUUUAUGUUAUAGACCAUUUCAAUGUGGUGAGGUUAUUGGCCCAUGAACAUUUCCUGCUUGUUAUCAAACCAUUUCAUAACUGUAACUAGAGGCAAUUCAAUCAUAGCUUCAUGUUAAAACAGAUAUCAUAACAUUAUUUAUCAAUAUGUGGACACUUUUGGAUUCUUUGGAUAACCUAAACAAGUCUCGAUACAUUAAAGGUAAUGUUAAAAUGACUUGAUUCAACUUUUUCAUACAAAUGGGGACCAGAAACAGCUUUUUCUCUCUUUAAAAUAUAUACUUUUUGCAGUCAACAAUUCAUACAGGUUUGGAAAUACUUGAAAUGGUGAAUAAAUAGAAUGAUCAUUUUCAGGUGAACUGUCCCUUUAAAUGUGUUUUGCCUGUUACAAUGCAUGUACAGAAGACUUUUUGUAAAUUUACAGGACAAAUCCAUUGUGGCUAUUGAAGCAGACAAAAUAAAUCGCAAUAAAGCAAAUUUAACCGAGAA